UUUUCUUGUGAUUUUAGAGGACUACACGAACAACUGGUUCCCAAAAGAGAACAUGUUCAGUUUCCAGACGGCCUCCACUACGAUGCAGGCUAUAUCAAACUUCCGGAAACACCUGCGAAUGGUGGGGAGCCGCAGGGUGAAAGUCCAGACGUUCGCCGAGCGCAGAGCCAAGAGUUUCAGCCGCUCCUGGAGUGAUCCCACCCCCAUGAAGCCUGACUCUCUGCACGACUCCAGAGACAGUGGGGACCUGCAGGCUUCUUCGGGGACCCUGGAUGAGGUGGUGUGUGAUGACGUGGACUGGGAGGAGGAGGAGGAGAUGGAGAGACAGGCCUGUGAGGGGGACUUCAUCCCACCCAAGAUCAUGUUGAUUUCAUCUAAGGUGCCAAAGGCUGAGUACGUACCCAACAUCAUCCGCAGAGACGAUCCGUCUAUCAUUCCCAUCCUCUAUGAUCACGAGCAUGCCACAUUUGAUGACAUUCUGGAGGAGAUUGAGAAGAAGCUCUCCGCCUACAGGAAAGGCUGUAAGAUCUGGAACAUGCUCAUCUUCUGCCAGGGGGGUCCAGGGCACCUGUACCUCUUGAAGAACAAAGUGGCGACCUUCGCUAAGGUGGAGAAGGAGGAGGACAUGAGCAAUUUCUGGAGGAGGCUGAGUCGGAUGAUGAGCCUACUGAACCCCGAGCCCAACCUCAUCCACAUCAUGGGCUGCUAUGUGCUGGGCAACGCCAACGGAGAGAAGCUUUUCCAUAACCUGAAGAGACUGAUGAGACCAUACACCAUUGAAUUUAAAUCACCCCUGGAGCUGUCUGCACAGGGUAAGGAAAUGAUCGAGACGUACUUUGACUUCCGGCUCUUCCGCCUGUGGAAGACGCGCCAGCACUCCAAGCUCCAUGACUACGACGAACUUUUGUGACGCGUCUGGCUUUGUUUGGCGGAGAGUCUUCUUUGACGAGGCAGCUCGUUGUGGUGUUUUUUGAAGCCCUUUUGGUGGUGGUGACAUUUCCUACCAUGGCUUCGGGGCCGGGGGGCGAAGGAGGAGUCUUUAAGGAGACGCGGACGGCCAACUGGAGGAGUGAACUGCAGUUGGCCUGCUGUCCCCUGAGCUCUGCAGAUGGGAUGGAGAGAAGAGAAGAGGAGAGAGAGAGAGAGAGAAACCGGGAGAAGGACAAAUGGAGGGGUAGAUAGAAAGAGAGACUCUUUAAAGGUGCUAUUUCCCCCCCCCCCCUUUAUAUCCAUUUUUACUCUCAACUUCAAGCCUAUAUAGUAGCUGAGUGAGGUAGACAAGGAGAGAGGGAGGAGAGGAGAUAGCAAAGGAAGGCGGAAAGGUUUUUGUCAACCCUUCGUCAAGCUUUUAGACCUUGGGUGAAGCAUAGGCUGGAUGGAGAAAAGAUUGUGUGGAAAAGUCGAGAAAAGCACCUGAACGGUGUGCUAGCAGGAGAGGGGAAGAACUGAGAGGGGUCGCUUCACCUCUUCUAGAGCGUAGUUAGACACGGUGACUUUUGUUCUGAGCAUCUGUGCACCAUUGAAGGAAAGACUCGCAGUGGCCGAGAAGGCAUUUGUUCUCUUGAGUCUCCUCCCUAAGAUUAAGAUGUGUUUAUUUACGUGCUCUUCAGCAGGAAGGAAAGCCGAUAUUUCAUCUUUCUACACAUAUAUAUCCCAUAGAGACAUUUUAGACUAUAUAGAUAUCUAUCUUUCUAUCUGUCUGUCUAUCUAUCUAUCUAUCUAUAUCUAUAUCACUAUAUCUAUAUAUCUAUGUAGAUAUAUGAAAAUAUAUAUAAAUAUAUAUGAAGCUGUUGAGUCAUAUACUCCAGAAUAUUCACGUUAUAUUGCACAUCUUUGCGCAUUGUACUUAUGUGGUGUUGUUUGUGCGUGGAGACUGUUAGGGGAGAUCUAUCUCAGGUACUUAAGCUAUCGCCGACCUCCUCAGCGCCUCCGCCACGGCCUCGCAUCAGCAUCUUAGCCCGGCGAGGCCAGGCGUCACAUCCAAUGUGCUGCACUGAGUUUCUGAGAGAUCAGCAUGAAGUCAGCACUAUAUCAGGACAUUUGAAGUUCUUGAGGCGCGUGUGUGUCUGUUUGGGGGUGGGGGUGGCGGCUGGCAAGGAAAUGAUAACUGACACGCACGUUCGCUGAUGUGUGUGUGUGUUUGCGUGAGUGUGUGGCUGUUAGAAAGAGAGAGAGAGAGAGAGAGAGAGAGAGAGAGAGAGAGAGAGAGAGAGAGAGAGAGAGUGAGUGUGUUUUUAGAUUCCUGUAGUUAGUUUUGUGUGAAAUGUCAGCAUGAGUAGUCUCCGCCAUGUUCUUAGUUUGAGAGUAAAAGCAAGAGGCACUUUUAUCUCAGGCCUUUUUGCUCUCCCUUUUAAGUAGUGGUCGACUUCAGUGUGUUCUCCCUUUUAAGUAGUGGUCGACUUCAGUGUGUUCUCCCUUUUAAGUAGUGGUCGACUUCAGUGUUGACCAGUUUUCUUGGAACUUUCUUAGCAAUGGCUGCUUCGAGCCACUCAGACUAAUUCAGACUGUGAAGUGAUGGACAGUGACCGCCUGUCAAGUUGUAUUGUGAUGUACUAACAUACAAAUUCCUAUAUUUUUUCCUUAAUAUCAUAUGUACUUGAUCUACAUAGUAUUUGUUACACGUAAUACGUUUCUACAUUCAAGGCCAUAGAUGGACAUAUAGUUAAGUAGAAAGCAUGGAGAUAUAAUAAUUGAAACCAAUAGAUUGAAGUUCAUGAGAGGUAGGUGAUUGUUGUUGUCUCAAAGAUGUGUGGUCUAUAGUUAGAUCAUUGGAAACUUUAGAAUAACGCACAAUAAUGUAACAGACAAUAAUGUGUAAGAGAGUUUGGAUGUUUAUAACGGCAUCGCUGUCAUGGUCUUUGAAUGUGCAGUAUUUUCCUCACCCGCCAUGAACACGCUAGUUUGCAGUGACUCGAGCAAGACUCCAUAUACUAGAGCAAGACUCCAUAUUCUAGAGCAAGACUCCAUAUUCCCAGUGAGUUGGUUUAGUCAGAAGAGCAAAUACAGACAGCAUACACCAUACACCUUACAGUACCCCUGCAUGGAGCAGAAACAGAUCACCACGCUAUUGUAUGGCUGUGAGUUUGU